UCCCUCUAAAACAUUUCUUACUUCUCCACGUGAUUCUCCUGAUGGAAGACCAGCCGGGGUUCCCUUUCUGCUGCUCGUGCUGAAUAGUUCCUCGGAGAGGUGGUGAAUGAGUGAAGAUACACUCGGUGAUGGUUCAAAUGUGGGAAUUGCCCCGGAUGUGGUUGCUGCUGAUGCUGCCCUGGGAAAAUGCCUUGAUAGGGAAUUAACACCAUUCAGUGAUGGGCUGUGGGACAAGCAAAGUGCUUCCCGAGCCCCCCAAAGAUGUGCAGCUAGACCUGGUUAAAAAAGUUGAACCUUACACAGGCCACAAUGACAUAUACAAGCAUUUCAUCAAAGAUGACUGUGGGACUGUCAUCAAAGCUGGCUCUCCCUCGCCUCCGCGUCACGCUAACCCGUAUCCUGGGAACCACCUGCCUGCCCACGUGGAUCAGCCCGAACCCCGCAAGAACAGAGUGGCUAAAUACCGUGCCAAAUUUGACCCCAGAGUGACAGCCAAGUACGACAUUAAAGCUCUGAUCGGGAGAGGGAGUUUUAGCCGCGUUGUACGGGUGGAACACAAGGCUACCAAGCAGCCCUACGCAAUCAAGAUGAUAGAGACCAAAUACCGGGAGGGGAGGGAAGUGUGCGAGUCGGAGCUCAGCGUGCUGCGGCGGGUUCGACACACCAAUAUCAUCCAGCUUAUUGAGGUGUUUGAGACCCAGGACCGUGUGUACAUGGUGAUGGAAUUGGCGACCGGAGGAGAACUGUUUGAUCGAAUCAUUGCUAAAGGUUCCUUCACCGAGAGAGAUGCUACGCGUGUGCUGCAGAUGGUGUUAGAUGGCGUGAAGUACUUGCAUACGCUGGGUAUCACGCACCGGGACUUAAAACCAGAGAAUCUGCUGUACUACCAUCCGGGAACAGAUUCCAAAAUCAUGAUUACGGACUUUGGACUGGCAAGUGCUCGGAAGAAGGGAGAUGACUGCCUGAUGAAAACCACGUGUGGGACCCCAGAGUACAUUGCUCCCGAGAUCCUGGUCAGGAAGCCGUAUACGAACUCUGUGGACAUGUGGGCGCUGGGUGUUAUCUCGUACAUUCUCCUGAGCGGCACUAUGCCCUUUGAAGAUGACAACCGCACCCGCUUGUAUCGGCAGAUCCUGAAAGGAAAAUACAGUUACUCAGGCGAGCCCUGGCCCAGUGUGUCCAACCUGGCCAAGGAUUUCAUCGAUCGUCUACUCACGGUGGACCCCAGUGACAGGAUGACAGCCCUUCAGGCCCUGAAGCACCCGUGGGUGGUCAGCAUGGCAGCCUCUUCCUCCAUGAAGAACCUGCACCGUUCCAUCUCGCAAAACCUUCUCAAGAGGGCGUCUUCCCGCUGCCAGAGCACCAAGUCCGCGCAGUCCACCCGCUCCAGCCGCUCCACCAAAUCCAACAAGUCACGGCGGGUUCGGGAGCGGGAGCUGCGAGAGCUCAACCUGCGCUACCAGCAGCAGUACACUGGCUGAGCACUGGGCUGGGACCUGCCGGGCGGCUUUCCAGAUGUCUUCUCUGCGGUGUAGGGUUAUUGGAAACGAAUGUGAAAAGGUCUUCCAGAAAUAACGUGAGGUGGUCUACAGACUUGCAUCCAGAGUUUUUAGUACGUAAUGUAUUUUUCUAUGCGUUUUAAAACAGCAAUUACUUGUCCAAGUUUGAUUUACUUCUCGCCCUUCUCAAGCUUCUAAAAACCAACGUGUCAACCCAGUGGCCAUAGAAACCCUCCCUUCCUUCAAUCCAGAAGAAGUCUGUGCUGUUUAACACUGAGAUUGCGAUAGCAUCCAGGUUCUCCUGCCAGUUCCCGGACUGCGUUGUUCUUGGAAGCGUACAACCAUACGUGAGGGACAGCUUUAUAGCCUUGUGAUGAGAGUAAGCCCAGACAAAAGGGCUCUGACCUGCUGGCUUCGGUGGUGAUGUGGAAACCAGCUGCAGUGUAGGGCCUGCGUUACGUAUUUGUUUUGGAAAUGAUAAAGCCUCAAACUCUUAACUUUUUUGGAAUUUGGAUAUUUUCUUCUUUUAGGUCAGAUAUUUUCUGCUCUGGUAACUUACAUUCAUUCUUAUACCCUGCGCCAUUUCUCAAUCCUGUUUUCUACCCGGGUGUUUGGCUGAAGUACUAACAUAGUCAACUUUUACGUAAUGCACAAACUGGAAUAGGAAUCGUGGUUAACUCAGCUGCUGGGCAGCAAGUCCGGAUUUGGCUCUGCAGGAGCCGUGGUGAGCCGAGGAGCAAGGUAAAAGCAUCUGUACGGUGCCUUGCGGGUGGGAGAAGGCUCUCUUCGAGGACCCUGAAGUGCAGGCUCAGCUCAGGAUGAUCUUGUACAACACAGGACAACUAGUGCGUGUUACAGGCUUCUUAUUAGGCUGCGUGGGGCCCUAUUCCUAUUUUAAGUGAUGAUACUAAAGAUUCGGAGGGUUUGAGGCAGGGUAAAUUAAAAUCACAAUUAUUUGACUUAAUUUAGUUUUCUAAAUGAUGCAAAGCAACAGAGAGAUGGGCUUUGAGGGGGCGGGGAUCGCACCCUCCGGAGGAGUCACAAACUGUUCUUUGGCGGCCGUGUAUUCCAGAUGAGCCCUUGGAUUUGCAGGGAGGGUGGUUGUGUCCCGGCCUCUCACCAGCUCGGCUUUGUCCCAAAAAAUAUCACAAAGUGCCUGUACCACUCGGUGCCGGAUACCCGGCCCCAAGUUGCCUACACCACUCUCGGGAGGUUUUUGGUGCUUUUUUUUUUUCUGACCGCUCAGUCUCCUCUUUCAGCCUGGAUUAAGAACGCAGCUCUUGGGUGCUCCGAAGGCAGGUGCCCGCGUGGCAGCUGUGCCUUACUGUGCGGUAAAUUUGCCAAAACCAAAUGUGAAGCAGCGGGGAUGCGCGGUGGCGGCGACGGCAUCGUGGAGCUUGGUACCUUCCACCCUCGGUGUCCCUGGGGCGGAGGGAGCUCUGCCUGCCUGACGACAGUUUUUUCCUUCUCCCGCUGUCCUCCCCUGCAUGGUGAUACUGUAGAUCCCUCGCGUGCGACGGGCGAGCUCCUCGCUGCUGUUGCAAAUACCGUUGCGCUGUGUUUGUCUGCUGAACGUGGAAGAGAUCCGUGGCCCCAACGAGGUGUGUUAGAACCGAGCAGCUCCUGCCUGGACGCCCAGAUGCCGUGAGUUUUCCUGUUGCCUUUCACUACGGAAAGACACCUCCCGGGAAGCUCUCGGGACCGGAGGUCUUCCGGCACUUGCUGUUAUUUUUAGGCACCAAAUUUCCGGUGCUGGGGUUGGAACGGUUUGGAAGUAACUCCGGUCGCAUCCCGUUCGUCUCCUAACGGGGCUGUUUUGAGAAGCAUCCAGUUCUGUGACUUGCCCUUUGAGUCCUGUCUUUACACUAAGGACUGUCUCGUAGGAUGAGGUCUGAACCAUUGUAAUUAGUCUGUAACGUUACGAUUAGAGUGUACAGAAUUAUUUAUUUUGUGUACUCGGUCUGCUAAACAUGUAAAUGUAUUCUGUGUA